GGCAUGUGCAUCGAUCUACGCAAUUGGGAUCGAUGACAUGCUUCAGUCAAGUCAGCGAGCCUGACCACCCGGCCAAGUUAAUCGCCUCUUUAUGAUAAGCAUUUACGGCAAGCAUGGGUUGCUGAAGACCAAUUUUACCCCAGAUCUUCACGGGUCAGUAGUAGUAGUAGUAGUAGUAGUAGUAGUAGUAGUAGUAGUAGUAGUAGUAGUAGUAGUAGUAGCAGUAGUCCGGAUUAACAACGUUUCGCACAAACGAAUCAUUGGCACGGAUAUAUGCCUUGUGUACAAAUGUAGACAUUCCUAACGGUAAUCAUCCCGAAAGCACAGGGUACGGACUAACGAGGUGUCACCGUGUCCCUCAUAGCCGGUCUCAGUCACAUACAAUGUCGAUUUACCUUGCACGAACCGAAAAUGAAAAAUAUAGGGAGAUUAGAAUCAGGAAAAUUGUCGUGUCAUAUUUCACAACAUCCUUGUAGCUUGAAAAUAAAGUAGACCAUUUGACUAGCCAUGACCUUGCGUUUGAGGAAAUAAUUCCCACUGAGCAACUCUUCCCCGUUUCGCCGGCCGCUUAACACUAACGCUCCUACUAUCCCCGUCAGUGAAAGUAAAAAGAUAUUAUGAAUUAGUUUAAUUGUUAAUACACAGAUAUAUCCAAUAUUAAUUUAUUAUCCUAAGGGAAAUUGUCGUAUCAUAUCUUAUUAAAACAUUUCGACCAGUCAUGUCCUUUCGUGUAAGAAAAUAAUAUAUUCCAACUGACCAGCUUUUCAAAGUUUCGCUGGCAGUAUUACAGUGAUAUGACAACAGCUUUCCCCAGCAGUGAAAAUACAAGGUGUUAUGAAUUCUUAUAACUAACACGAAACUUAAAGGAUUCUAAUGUGUACUCACGUACUCAUGCGAAUGCCUCUGUCCUUCAAAUGACUUUCUUGUAUCUACGUCCUUGUACCACCGUCAGUGUGUUUUUUAUGGAAAUAAACAAUGUCAAAUGUUUACCAGAAAACAGAAACCCCCGAUAACAGCUCUUUCUGGUUGCCGCGCUCACAAUCACAUAAAGAGUGACUGUUUGAGGAGAUCACUUUUGCGACGCUGGCCAGUGCUUGGAGUGGAUGUCUGGUGUCAUCAUGGCGGCUUUCAAUACCAUCCAUGCUGCCAUUAUCUGCGGAAUUUUCGUUCUCUCAGAGAACCAGAAUGUCAAGGCCACGGGAAGUGGCAGCAGCAAUGUUGACCGGCAAAGAUGUAAUGUCAGUCAUGAUAACAAAUUAGUCAACUGCAGCUCUCUACAUCUAACGUCUCUGUCAAACGUUACAAUUCCAGAUGGAGUCAACAUUCUUCUCCUCGACCACAACAAUUUAUCAUGCAUAAACAACUUUGAAUUUGCAAUGUUUCCGAAUUUGACGCAUCUUGACCUGUCCUUCAAUGUCGUAAACGCCAUCGAGGAAGAUGGUUUUGAAAACAUGAGCAGUUUGAGAGUUCUUAAUUUAUCCCACAGUAUUAUCGAGCCAUCUGUAUUAACGAGAAAUUCGUUCAGAGGGUUACACAACCUUAAAACGCUCUGGCUGAAUAACAACAGUAUGACUGAAUACCCCGACGAAGCUCUGAGCCGGCUUACAUCCUUGGAAACUCUCUUCAUCAAUGGCGUUCCAGAUGGGGAAUUUGGACCGGGCUUCAGGAACCUUACAAAACUAACUCAUCUUACCGUUUCUGGGAAACACGGAUUUUGUAACAAAACAACACUGUCAGCAUUUACAUUUAAUAACACUGUUUUCUUGGAAUAUUUGGAUGUAUCAAAAUGUUUAAUUUUCCACAUUGAAAAUGAGACCUUUUCGCAACUGAGGAAACUGAGAACGCUUGAUAUAUCUGGUAAUUUUAGACUCACAUUUCAAUCAUUUGGCAUCGGAACGUAUGGACUACAGUUCACGAACAUCACAACCCUGAAAGCCAAUCACAUCGUGUUAAGGCAUACUAGUUGUGUAGUAAUUCGCAAGGCACAUGUUGUUCACCUCUUCAACACCUCCCUAGAAAAUCUGUACAUUGAUUCCAACGAAAUUGUAGAUAUUGAGAUGAAGGCGCUGGAGCUCUUGCCCAAGACUCUACGAUUCGUAUCGGCCCAGAGGAAUAAAUUUAGCUACGGACAAUAUCUACAUGACUUAGCUUCUCUCACGGGACUCGAGGAAAUUUGGUUAAGUGGACAACCAUACCCAAUUAAUGUUCCAAACGAUGACACUGUCGAUGACCAAACGUGUGCCCAGUCUGAGACACCGUAUUGUUUCCAUGAUGAGAUAGACGAACGUGAUGUUCUGGAAAGUGAACUUCAAUCUCGCAGUGUCUGGUACGAAUCAGAGACAGUUAGUGAUCGUUUUUCGUCUCUUUUCAACUUAUCACUCCCGCCGAAUCUGAAGACGAUAGUGUCGAACUUCACACAAAUGGCGUUCCAGAUCGGGAAAAUACGCUUUGAAGCAUCAAAUCUAUCCUAUCUUGAUCUGUCCAGUAAUCUUGUCAUCUUUGACAAUGGAUAUAUAAGAGGGCUGGAUAAUGUUACAUACAUAGAUCUAUCCAAUAAUCUAGCCAGGAAAAUGUCUCCUACAUUACUCGCAAACUCCUUGAACCUUCGCACCUUGAACAUGUCGUAUAAUUUCUUUGGUUGGCAGAUACAGAGAGAUAAAAAGGGUGAAAUAUUCAAAAACCUGACUCAACUUACAGAGUUGGUUAUUUCCAAUAAUGAUUUGAAAGGGCUGAAAGGUGAUGUAUUACGCGAUCUGUAUUCCUUACAGAUUUUAAACGUGUCAAAUAACGGAAUGUACAACUUUAACGCCACAAUCAACCACUUGAUUCAUCUACAGGUCAUAGACUGUUCACACAACCAAAUAUCGUUGUUGUCACCAAAAGUCAUGGAUGAUAUCAAGGAAAUUAAAUCGAAGGUUCCAAACUUAACAUUACAUCUUCAAGGUAAUCCAUUAUCAUGUCUCUGCAAUCAGCUUCCGUUUCUCAAAUGGCUGCUAACUUCGGGGAUAACACCUGAUAAUAUGAAUGGCUACUAUUGUCUUCUGGCCGACACGAGCAGAAGAAAAAUCCUGAACAAGGCGGACUUUGCGAAACUGAUAGAUGAGCAAACCGCAGAGUGUCAAAACAACUUCGGACUCGCUCUAGGAUGUGCAUCCGUCUUCGUCGUAGUUAUUGCACUGAUGGUUUCUGCAAUCGUCUAUCGGUACAGAUGGAAGUUAAGGUAUCUGUAUUACGCUGCAAGGUUACGUUACAUGACGGACAACGACGCUGAAGAAGAGCAAGAUCAGUUCGCAUUCGACGCCUUUGUCUCCUAUGCUGAUGAAGACCGAGGGUUUGUCAUUAAUGACAUGAGAGCGCAUUUGGAACACGAUGCCAGUAUGACUCUCAACAUCCACCACCGUGACUUCAUGCCAGGAGAGCCUAUUGCUUCAAACAUCGUUGGCGCUAUCAAGAAGAGCAGGAAGACGGUGGUGGUUCUGUCCCAGAACUUUCUCAACAGUUACUGGUGCACGUACGAACUGCGCAUGGCCCAGAUGGAGAGCAUCAGUAGUGGGAGGGACAUCAUCAUCAUCAUCAUGUAUGAGUCAGUACCCGCUAAGAAUAUCCCACCGGAGUUUCUUCAUAUGCUGCAGUCUGAUUCCUAUAUUGAGUACCCGCACGGUGAAGCUGACAGUUACAUCUUCUGGAAACACAUAGGACGGGCCUUGCGACAUCGAUCACAUCGUCAGAAUUCGACCAGUUCGUCGUCGCAGGCUAUUCCAUAGUACCAGUGAACAUUACAUAUAUCUGAUACAUUAUUGUACUGAAAUCUAUUUGACAUCCGAUGCCUUCCGGUGACUGUAUUGUUUAUAGAACCAUUGGAACCAUUCCGACGGAUGUGUAAAUCAACAGCGAAAAGCUUAUACUUUACCAACAUGGCAACAACAGAUCUUUGUAAUCUCUGCAACUCAAGGGGGGUACGGGAAGACCAGUCGUCUAAGGCGCCGCGAUUCGCUGUGCAGAGUUGCGUCCCUUGGGCACGCCAGAAACCAGUGAUUGUGGGUUCG